UAAAACUGUAGAAGAUUAUAUAUUAUGUUACAAUAGAAGCAGGGUUGGAUAGAAGAAAUUGAGGUCCACUUAUAUGGAGAUAUUCAAGUCUAGGGUUCAGUUCCAGUAAUCCCACUAUGCCAUUGUAGAACAAGAUUCCCUUUCAACAAAGAAUGGAAUUCUUAGCUAUGUGUGUGGGAAGAGUUACAGAUUGCUUGAUGCAGCCACUUGCGCAACAGAUUGGGUAUUUCUUUUACUACAACAGCAACAUCACAUCUUUGGAUAAUGAAUCUCACAAGCUGGACAAUAUUACAAGUGGGGUGCAGCAAAGAGCGGAGGCUGCACGGAGAAACUUGCAAGUCAUUUCACAAGAUGUUGAAGCUUGGUUAAAUAGUGUUACCAAGAUUAAUUCAGAUGUGGAAGGUGUAAUGCAUGGUAGAGUUGAGGUUGAAAGAGGUUGUUUUUAUGGUUGGUGUCCAAAUUUGAAGUCACGGUACUCGUUGAGCAAGAGAGCUAAGAGAAUUACACUAGCGGUGAUUGAACUUCGAAAUGAUGGAAAAGAUUAUGUUGAUUUCUCCUAUCCUGCACCACCUGUAGUUGAAAUUCAAGCUAUGAGUGAGGAGUUUGACUCCAGAAAAUUGAAAGAGGAAGAGGUCAUGGAAGCUUUGAGAGAUGAGGAUGUCUCUGUUAUUGGGAUUUGUGGUAUGGGUGGUGUAGGUAAGACGACACUAGCUGAGAAAAUAAGAGUAAGGGCGAAAAAAGAAAGGUUUUUUGAUGAAGUUGUCAUGGUCACUGUCAGUCAACAACCAGACUUGAAAACAAUUCAAGCUGAGAUAGCUGGAGGAGUUGGCCUAACAUUCCAAGGCGACAAUUUCUGGAAUCGUGGAGAUCAGUUGCGUUCAAGGUUAAUGGGUCAGGACAGCAUCCUUAUAAUCUUGGAUGAUGUCUGGGAGGCUCUUGAUCUGAACAAACUUGGAAUUCCUAGUUGUAGCAAUCACAACCAUCAGUGCAAAGUAACAUUGACAACGCGACUCCGAGAUGUUUGUGAAACAAUGGAGGCUCGAAAGAUCAUAGAAGUUGGAAUCUUACCUGAAAAGGAAGCAUGGGUCCUUUUCAGGCAGAAAGCCGGUAAUUCGAUAGCUGAUCUUUCUCUUCAUGACACAGCAAAAGAUGUUGUGAAAGAAUGCAAGGGGUUGCCACUUGCAAUUAUUACAGUUGCAGGAGCGCUAAAGCGUAAAAGCAAGCCUUCAUGGGAGGAUGCCCUUAAACAAUUACAAAAAUCCACACCAAAAAAUAUCCCAGGAGUGAUUAAAAAUGUGUAUCAAUCUCUCAAGCUAAGCUAUGAUCAGUUGGAAAGUGAUGAAGUCAGGUACCUGUUUUUGCUUUGUUCCUUGUUUGAGGAAGAUAGUAAUAUCUGGCAUGAACAAUUACUUAGAUAUGGAAUGGGGCUUGGCAUCUUUUCGGAAAUUGAAAAUUUAGAAGAAGCAAGAAAGAGGGUGUGCCAUCUGCUAGAAACAUUGAAGGAUCGUUUCUUGCUAUCCCAAGGUUCAGGAAAAAAUUAUGUCAAAAUGCAUGAUGUGGUCCGAGACGUGGCUAUAUAUAUCGCCUCUGAGGGAAGGCAUGUUUUUAUGGUAAGUCACAGUGUGAACUCAGAAGAGUUCCCAAGAAGAACCUCUUACGAGCCAUACAGUCACAUGUCAAUUGUUGCACAAAAAAUUGAUGAGCUUCCUAAACCAAUAUCUUUCCCAAGACUUGAGUUUCUAAUGUUAAAACUAUUAGAAGAGCCGUUCAAAUUACAGGAUGAUUUUUUUAUUGGAAUGAGUAAACUUAAUGUCUUAAGCCUGAGUGGAUAUGAGGACUCCAUUUUAACCUUUCCAAAUUCUGUUCAGUUAUUGUCAAAUCUGCGCACACUGUCUCUGAUGAAUUUAAAGUUGGAUGACAUAUCAAUUAUUGGCGAACUUGUCACUUUAGAGAUUCUCAUUAUUAGAGAUUCUACUAUAGAUGUGCUUCCAGUGGAGAUUGGAAAUUUGAGCAAUUUAAUUUUGUUAGAGUUUUGGAACGAGAGAGUACCACUUGAAAAUAUUUCACCUGGAGUCUUAUCAAGACUAGUUCGAUUAGAGGAACUAACACUAGUGGAAUGUUCUGGAGAUGUAAUUCACAGUAACUUGGACAUUUCCUCCAAUUUGACACGGUAUUAUCUAAAUAUGGGCCAACAAGUUCAUAGUUACCACGAUAGUUCGCUCAUGGAUAAUUACAACAGGAUUAUGGUCCUCAAUGUCAUUGAGACCACCCCAUUGGGUGAUUGGAUCUGCCGCAUGUUGAAGAAGAGCGAACUUGUACAUUCAAGAGGAAAUGGUUCCAAGAAUGUGCUGACCGAGUUGCUGGGACAUGGAGUUCAGAACAUGAAAGAUCUCCUCCUGGCUGAUUGUGAUUCAAUGACACAUCUCUUGAAUAUCCACUGUCAGAAUAAUAUUCCAUUCCCCAAACUUGAAAGACUAGAGGUAAUUAGAUUUUGCAGUCUACGCUCUCUUUUUAGCCUGUCCUUCGUUGUGGGGAGUUCUUCAAACUCGACAGUAGCUUGCAGUAAUGAUGAGGAAGAUGAGAUCUCUCAGAGGAAACAUAUCAGAUCAGAAGGAAACAUGGUCCAAGUAAUGAAGUUCCCCAAUUUAUAUUACUUGGACCUUCAUUUUCUGGAGUGCUUCACUCACUUUUGCACUGACGCUGUUGAGGGCAUUGAUUUUCCUCAGUUACAAAUCUUGCGCUUCUGGGAGUUACCGGAGUUCCAAAAUUUCUGGCCUAUAGACAACAACUCUACGGCCGGCUCAAAUCCUCUCUUUGAUGAAAAGGUUUUGUGUCCCAACCUGGAAGAGCUACAACUUAAUGGGGCUAACAGCAUAGCUGCUCUAUGCUCUCAUCAACUUCCAACAGACUACUUCAGCAAACUUAAAAUCUUGCUACUAUGGAACUGUGGCAAAUUGAGAAACUUGAUGUCUCCAUCAGUGGCCAGAAGUGUUCUGAAUCUACAAAUUCUGAGCAUAGAAGCCUGCCAAUCGAUGGAAGAAGUGAUCACAGAAGAGGAACAACUAGUACAAGAAAUGACUACUAAGCCCUUAUUUCCCCGAUUAGAAAAAUUGGUGCUCGAAGAGCUACCAAAGCUGGGGCAUUUCUUUUUGACGAAGCAUGCUCUUGAAUUUACAUUUCUCGGAGAAGUGAGGAUUAACAGCUGCCCUGAAAUGAAGACGUUUUCCCUUGGAUCUGUGAGUACACAUAGUCUGGACAGGUUGAUUGUGGACUAUGCUGAGGUGAAAGAUAAUCUCAAUAAAGCGAUACAACAGCUCUUCAUUUUGAAGGUUUGUCUUGAACAAGAAGCUUGUGAUGGUAACUGAGCCGAAGCUAGUGAUGGCAAAAGCUAGCGUUCUAAGAAUUUGAAGCUAGGAAGGUAAUAGGCACUAGAUGAAAUAAUCAAAGUGCGUGCAAGUUAGCUUGAACAUCACAUGAAACCUAUGCCUAUAGAGGUAACAAGCAGAGGUGGAUCUACAUUGUAACUUAUGGGCUCAAUAAAACCAGUUGCUUUUGCUCAGGACCUGUUUAUUAGGAAAUUCACUAAAUAUUUGUAAAACAGUUGAUUGUGAACAUUAGGGGUGCUCAAACCGACCUGAAAAACUGCACCAAACUGACAAAAAUCAGGCCGACUAAUUAAGCUUGGUCUGGCCGUUUGGUAUUGAGCAAUGAAAAAUUGAAUGAAAGAAGUGAUCGCAGAAGAGGAACAACAAGGAGAAGUAAUGACUGAUGAACCUUUAUUCCGUGUUGUAAGCACUGUACCUCGUGGGGCAUUUCUUUCAGAUGAACCAUGCUCUUGAAUUUCCAUUUCUCUGAAAAGGUGGAGAUUAGAAGCUGCUUCGAAAUGAAGAUGUUUAUCCCGCUGGUAUCUGUGAGUACAGAGAGUCUGAGAAGUCUGGUUGUAGAAAAACCAAUCAGAAAUCAAUGCUGAGGUGAAAAUGAUCUCAAUAAGGCAAUACAGAAGAUGUUCAAUUCUAAGGUUUGUCUUGUGCCACUGUAUAGCUAACUAUAUUUUGUCACAUGCAUUAAUAUUCUCCUGCUAUUUUCAUCUUAAAUAGUUGGAAAUAAUAUUCAGACGUUUUAUCUUUGUGUGUUGCUCGAAGCAGGUUUCUUUUACUUCGGUAAAUAUUUUCAACCUGAAUUCUGAAGCAUCAGCAUACUCUCUUUUUUUCCCCUUUCUAUAGCAGUUUUACUUUCUGAGCUAGUCGUCUCUGUUCUUCUGCAAUCUCGGGUCCCAGAAGAAGCUAAGCUAGUAUUGGUGACGGACCUGAAGCCUAAUAAUGCAAGUAUGCUUUCAUAAUCUCAAGCACAACUAAGAUUGUGUUUAAGCAUUUUACAUGAAGACCUUAGCUGUAAUCAGUAAGUUCUCUUUUCUUUCUAUAGCAGUUUUACUUUCUGAGCUAGUCGUCUCUGUUCUUCUGCAAUCUCGGGUCCCAGAAGAAGCUAAGCUAGUAUUGGUGACGGACCUGAAGCCUAAUAAUGCAAGUAUGCUUUCAUAAUCUCAAGCACAACUAAGAUUGUGUUUAAGCAUUUUACAUGAAGACCUUAGCUGUAAUCAAUAAGUUCUCUUUUCUUUCUAUAUACACUGUUGAUCCCAUUUGAUUUUAGAGCAAGUUGUUCUCAAAUCUCAAGGGCAAUUCCAGGCAA